AACUUAAUCAGAGUUCAAUUGUCGAUAACAAAAAAAUAAAUAAAAUGUUGGCGACAUUCCCCUUUCCAUUCUUAUCGCUUCUCCUGACAUUCACAACGCCAUCUUCAAUUGUCCCUUCACCUUCACCUUUUUUAUUUUAGUCGUUCCCUCCAAGGUGUCUAGACUUUCUAUCUUUCAAUUGUUGUAUUAAUUGGUCUUCCUAUCUUUCGCUAUCAUCAUUCAACAUGGCGCCUUCAAAGACUGAACUCGAGCAACAGGACAAGGCGCGUGAUGCUGCCUUCAACAAGGCCCUUCACGGAAAUACUGCUCAGGCAGCUGGCGGUUUCCGCGCCAUGAUCGGCAAAGGCUCUGAUGCACAAAAGGCCGCCGUCGAUGAGUACUUCAAGCAUUGGGAUAACAAAGAUGCCAAGGACGAGACGGCUGAGGACCGUGCAAAGCGCACAGCUGAAUACGCUACUCUAACAAGACACUACUAUAACUUGGCCACGGACCUGUAUGAGUACGGGUGGGGCCAGUCGUUCCACUUCUGCCGAUACUCUAUUGGCGAGAACUUUUACCAAGCCAUUGCCCGACAUGAACAUUACCUUGCAUACCAAAUCGGCAUCAAGGACGGCAUGAAGGUGCUGGACGUUGGUUGCGGUGUCGGCGGCCCUGCCCGCGAAAUUGCUAAAUUCACUGGCUGCCACGUUACGGGCCUUAACAACAACGAUUAUCAGAUCCAACGUGCCACGUACUACGGCGCGAAGGAGGGUAUGUCGGACCAAUUGGCGUUCGUGAAGGGUGAUUUCAUGCAAAUGGACUUCCCCGACAACAGCUUCGACGCCGUCUAUGCUAUCGAGGCCACAGUUCACGCACCUAAACUCGCUGGCGUCUACAGUGAGAUCUUCCGCGUAUUGAAGCCAGGCGGAGUCUUCGGUGUGUACGAAUGGCUCAUGACCGACGAAUACGACAAUGAUAACCUCGAGCAUCGUGAAAUCCGUCUCGGUAUCGAGGUAGGUGAUGGUAUUUCCAACAUGGUCAAAAUCUCCGACGGCCUCGAGGCUAUGAAGAUUGCUGGCUUCGAAAUGCUUCACCAUGAAGAUCUUGCCGAGCGUCCCGACUCCAUUCCGUGGUACUGGCCGCUUGCUGGCAGGUGGAAAUACAUGCAGUCGGUGUUCGACACAUUUACUAUUGCGCGGAUGACAUGGUGGGGCCGUGGAUUGGCCCACAACUUUGCGGGCGCUUUAGAAAUGAUUGGAAUAGCACCAGCGGGCACUAAGAAGACAGCAAACAGUCUCGCCCGCGCUGCGGAUGCUUUGGUGGCCGGUGGUGAGAAGCAUCUUUUCACACCGAUGUACCUGAUGGUCGGCAAGAAACCUGAGCAAUGACCGACAUCAGAGAACUGAUUCAGUGCUCUUAUUAUAUCAAGGGCAAUGAGGAUGGUGCUUAUAUGCACAAAGUAAUGAGUAAAGAAGCAACGUCAACUCGAACCUAUUAAUCAUAAUACAACCUGGACUACAGGUACCUCCUAGGAAAGGACUAAGCUGACACGCAAGUCCUGGAUGGAUGGUGUCGUCUCGGGCUUUUUCCUGUACAUAUCAUAACAAAGCCUAUCAUGCUGAGUUAUAGUAUCCAGCCCUUCGUCGCAUAAAUAGAAGCAUCAUCAGUAUAGAAUAGAAUAUAUCGAGCAGCUUGUUUCGAGUAAAACAACUUAAAAAAGGGCCUCUCAGCUUUGAAGGGAAAAUAUUUAAAUACCUCCCCUAGAUAUGUAUGUAAGCCCGUUCCCAACGGAGGAAUUCCCCAAUCGACAUCCGUUCAAAGGAUUAUUCCUAAGUAGGUAGGUACCCGAUCACAUACAAUUUCAGUGCUAUCAA